UUGUUUUGAUUAUAUCCAUGAUUUUCUAUUCUAUUUGAUACCAGUGGCUGUGAUUUGGCAGUUAUUGAGCUGAUUUGAAUUGUAACCCUUCUUUUUUGAAUGACAAAGUUAGAGAUUUUAUGCAUAAACCCAUAAUAUAGUUUGGCUGCAACAGCAAUUCUAUAUGAUAGGAACGGACAAGAAUAGAACUUUUUGGAGGGUGUUAAAGAUUGACCGUCGAGAGCCUUCUGAAUUAAACAUUCUUGAAGAUUCUACUAAAUACUCGGAUACUGAGUGCCGUGAUUUGUUAAGACGGAUAGGUGAAGGAAAUAAGCCUACAGGCGGACUUAAAUUUGUCACAUCUUGUUAUGGGAUUAUUGGUUUCAUAAAAUUUUUGGGACCUUAUUACAUGCUGCUUAUCACAAAAAGAAGGAAGAUAGGUGUAAUUUGUGGCCAUACCAUCUAUGCCAUUUCCAAGACCAUGAUGAUUCCCGUACCACAUGCUGUUCAAUCCAAUGUGGCUAAUUCUAAGAAUGAGAAAAGGUCUUUUGUCAAUUAUGCAUGUAAAUGUAAUGCGUACUCUAGUACAUCUAAGGAGACACAUGUGAUUAGCACUCAAUAUGUUAUUAUUUAUUUGUAUUUAGAUGAGAAUUAUUUUAACUUAUCCAUGUGAUUUGUUUGGCUUUUUCUCAAUUAAAUCUCUGGGACAAUAAUAUGAGUUCUGGAGUCUUCUUUUAAAAGUAGAUGAGUUCCUUAGUAAGGAGGUAAUCUCUGUACUAUAUUGUUAAUACACCCCUUCACAUUAUACCAAUUCUGUGUUCUCCUGCAGUCUAAACUUAUCUGAGGCUCUUCUACUGGUUAAUGUUUCUCAUAGCUUUACAUUUUGGUGAUGAGACUACUAAAGCAUCAUUCAGCAUUUUAGUUUUAUGGUAUUAUUGUUUAUUGUAUAUCUUCCUAGUUCAUGUCAUUUGUAGAGGCUAUUGGCAUUCAUUUCCUGCAUAUGUACAGGGGCAAACUUCAUUGCUGUGUGAUGUUUGUAUAACAUGUUGAAUACGACAAGAUACAAGAAGCUUCUGUGCACAGUGGAUCUUUCAAAGGACUUCUUUUUCAGCUACUCAUACAAUAUCAUGCAUAGUCUUCAAAAAAAUAUAUGUAAUAAAGAGACAGGACAGGUUGUGUAUGAGACAAUGUUUGUAUGGAAUGAGUUUUUAAGUCGAGAAAUCAGGAAUAAUCUCAAGAAUACUUUGUGGACAGUUGCAUUAGUUUAUGGCUUCUUCAAGCAGGUCAAACUUUCUAUAUCUGGCAGAGAAUUUAAUUUGACUCUUAUUGCUCGGCGUUCACGACAUUAUGCUGGAACAAGGUUUAUGCUUCUCAACUUACCAACUGAUGUCUCUGCUGGAUUAGUUUUAUGGUUGAAGCUGUGCUUACUUUGCCAUAUGCCAUGAAAUUCAUUAUAGACUUAAGUUUUCUAGUUUCCACUGUAGAUUAUCUGCUUUCCAUAGUGCACAAGUUUACUUUGAAGACAUUAAUUUGUCACUUUUCGUGUUUUCUGUUGCUUGAUUCUGCAGCUGGCAAUCUUCAAUUCAUUUUAGAGUUUUGUCCUGACUUAGUAUUAAUUCUAGUUUGUGAUGCUUCUGCCCGAUGGCAAUUACUUCUUUCUAAUCAAAUGCUCUUGCAGAU